AUGCAGACAACUGGCCUCACUGGUCUUCGGGUUCACAAAAGCCCUCAUGCGGCUCUCAAAGCAUUAUAUGGUCGCACCUUGAGAAUUGUUCAGACACUGCCGAAUGACGCGGCCUAUCGCAGACACACUGAAGCCGUUCUCACCUCAAGGCUUAAGGCUGUUAUGAUGGAAUCCGACGUCUUAAAACUUGAAAAACUUAUAGGAGGAGGUCAAGUUGAAGAAUUAAUCACUCAGGCUAACCGAGAAUACGAUCUUGCAAAAAUGAUGCUUCGCCACAAAGUUUGGGAGCCACUUGUGGAAGAACCACAUCCUGAUCAAUGGAAGUGGCCGAUUUAG